AUGGAGGGUCCCAGGAAUCGAAAACAGCGACGAGCAGCAGCUGCAACCGCAGCUUCCACCCUAGAUUCCUCGUUCAAUCCAUCCUCGAUCCCUUUAGCCCAUCCUCAAGGAACUCGCCCCGACCACGUACCGAGGGGAAAGACGUUGGUGGAACUCAUUGCUGAAAGACAAAAUGAAAUUUUGGGCAAGGAACAGAGCACCAGGGGGAUACGGGGUGCUACAAAGUCAGGUCCAGAAACGCAAUUCAUGACCGUGGAUCCGUUAUCUGGCCAGAUUUCUCAGUUCAACCCGUCAAUGCCUUCUAAAGAACAAAGAGAUGAGGGCGACUCGGCAGAACCGGCGACUGAGGGGUCGCACAUUGAGCCGGACACAGCUGAGGACGGCAUUGAUGCACCGAUUCCCCCAUUGAUCGAUACGCUCCUACUCUCCGUGCCAUUGACAACAUUACACCUUACACUGGCGUACCUGGCGGCUCACCAAUACGCGGAAACAAUCGAGAUGGAAAAGCUCCUGCGCGAGUCUGCGUUUAUUGCAUUUCCCAUGCUGACGCUUCUCAUCCAUCUUGCUCAUGGGCACAUUGUAUCAGUGCAUAGGGGGAAUACGAAGCAGGAGAAAGUCUCGCUCUUCCCUUGGUCUCAAGACAAGCUCACGCUUUCUUUCGUUCGGAAUUUGCUUUUUCCUCCGAGUCUGCGAACGAUGGCGUUUCUACCUGUUGCCGUCCUCCUGGGGAGCAAGCUGAUGACUAUGACCAACGAGGACCCAUACUAUGCUGUGAUGAAGCGAGCCCCUGCCAUCGGAACUUUAUGGGUCUGGAGCAUUCUGGAAAUUCCAGUGGGCGCAGCUGCUCUAGGUGCACUGGGGCCGUUGAUCUGGGGUGUUUGGUGGAAAGGAUAUGGUAUCUUUUGA